UUUGCAACGAAAUACUUGCAUAUGUCAAGAGUGAACCCAUUCAGAAUCAUAUGAACAAGGAACAUAAAGUAAUUCACGACGCUGAAGUCACUAAAAUGACGACAGGUAGCAUCCCCUGGCAAUAUUUAAGGUUUACGGAACCAAAUUCAACAGAUAAAGUACAAUGUAUGGAAUGUGAUAAAACGAUACCAUAUGACGAAGCAGAAAAUCAUGUACAUUAUCAUUUUAUAUGCGAUCUAAAACCAGGUAAAUAUAAAAAUUGGACUUUUAAAUACGCAAGACAAAACGCAGAUAAUGUGACAUGUACAUUGUGUGAUAAAAAUGUAACAUUUUGGGCAAGAAUUACUGAUUUAAAAAAGCAUGCAAAUAAACAUAAAAAAUACAUGAAUAAAAUAGCCGAAGAAUACCUAUUAUGGGGUACAAUAAUAAGGACUGUACAAUGGAUCUGGUUGGAAAAAUGUUAUAUAAAUUUUGAAUAUUUUCGAGCACAAUGUAAAUUUUGCGAACACAAAAUACCAUAUAUCACACAUACACAAUUUUUGGAACACAUGAAGAACACGCAUAGUGCUCUUCACUCGCUUGAAGAAGAAAAAAAUACACCUGAUAUCUUCAACGAACCUCAGUGGAAUUAUAUAAGGUACAUAAAUGAUUUUAUAUUAGAUGAAAAAAAUCUAGAAUGCAUCAUAUGUGAAAAAAAAGACGGACUACCUCACACAAAUCAUUUUCCACGUGAGCUGAAAUUCGUUUCUCAUUGGGCACUUAAAUACGCGAGACAAAAUGUAAAAGUUGCAAAUUGUACUUUAUGUAAAAAUGAAGUAAACUUUGAAUGGGCCCCGGAAAAUUUAGAAAACCACAUAACAUCUGUACAUCCAAAUGAGCGGGAAAAAAUACGUCAAAAAGAUUUGGUACAAAGAACAGUACACGACCAAGCUACACCGUCGACGAGCUACGCAAGUUGAAAGAAAAACGAUCAUUUAUCUACAUUGGACAAUGGAAAUGAUGGUAGCGACAUUUUCAAGUAGCAUCUCAUGACCAGCGAUAACGACAGUCUUGACUUUGA